AUGACGAGUGAAAAGCCAGCGAUACGGAUCACCACUCACCAAUUGGAUCCCAAAAUGAGCGAAGAUGACGAACCGCUGAACUACUCCACUUCGCACAUGUCACAGAACGACGAUGCGAGACGAGGACUCUACAUGGAGGACCAUGUAUUAGGUCUCCGGUCAAUAUUUUAUGGACCCGUUCUGUUUCCCAGUGCACUCAUGAGCUCAGGCACUACGAUUGCGCCUCAUAUCGCCGCUGCUGUUGCACUGUCAAUGAACCACCGUAUGGCACAAACAAGCACUCCACCGUUCGACGCAACUACAAUAUCUGUUUCUUCCUUUCCAACGCUCUCUUGUGAGUCGCUUUCAACCGGUUCAUCUCCAACAAUGAGUUGCGCAGUCUGUGGGGACGCCAGCAGUGGGAAACAUUACGGGAUCUUAGCAUGCAAUGGUUGUUCGGGAUUUUUCAAACGAUCUGUAAGGCGACGACUCAUUUACAGGUGUCAUGCUGGAACAGGAAGUUGUGUCGUGGACAAAGCUCACAGAAAUCAAUGCCAAGCAUGCCGGCUGAAAAAAUGUCUCAGUAAAGGGAUGAACAAAGAUGGUUUGUUUAAAUCAAUGCCGCUAUGUUAA